CCAGAAUUUCAUUGGUGAAUCACUAACUUCAUAUAACCUUAUUGCAACAUCAGCGAUUCACUGUCCUACUUAUAGCUUUAUUAUAAAAACAAUUAUUCUACUUAUUAUAUACAGUCAGAUACCUUAAUUACCUUUUAAAGUGCACUUAUUAUAAUAAAUACAGUAACUUUAAAAGAAACAGAAAUCUGCAUCCAAGAUUCCUAUUAUUGUGGUCCAAUUAACCUAUUCAAUAUAUUGAACCAUUCAAGUCAAUUACGGCCAACUGUGAUGAUACAAGGAGUAUAAACCUCCCUAAUUGGUCCAUAAAUACUACACACAAAACUGUGUUAAAAUUUUCUCAGCAGAGUAAAGAGUUAUACUUGAAAUAAGUAUAGGAAAUUUUUUAUUGAUUAUAACCUCAUUGGAUUAUACAGUGUAAUUAAGUACUUAAAGAAAACAUUGGAUGUAUUUUAUUACGACAUGUAAUAUUUUUCAGGGCAUCAUAAAUAAUGACAAAAUAAUUAACAUUGUUAUUAUAUGGCUACAAAUGGCACUAAUUGUGACAAAGAUUUUUUUUUAGAGUAACAGUAACAUGUGUAUAGGAAUCCGAGACAGCUGAUGAAAUAGCUGUAAAAUUUAUUUCUUUUAUAAGUCUUUUGUAGAUUUUGGAUUAAAAAACAGACAGACAACAACCACAACAACUGGAGGAGCAGCUAAAACCUAGAUGGCACUUUCUACAUUAAAGAGCUCUGGAUACCGGACAUGGUCCACAAGAGCAUUUCCUAUUCCUGAUGACCCUCGGUAUGACCUUACAUACACAUCACAUGACAAAUCACAUGGUACAACAAGGUCAAAGGGUACAAUAAAGUCACAGAGUACAAAAAGGUCACAGAGUACACAGUUACGUCUGCAUCUCACUACAAAUUCCCAAGGACUGGUUCAGCUGGAUUUAUCCCAUAGAGAUCUUCAGUUAAUGCCGAUUGAAAUUUUUCUGUUCUCCAGACUGGAAGUGUUGAAAUUAUCGCAAAACUAUUUCCGAGAAAUUCCUUUGGCAAUUUCAAGGUUACGGAGCCUGAAAUUUUUGCACUUGGAAGAAAAUAGUCUCAGCUUCUUACCUGAAACACUGAGCAAUUGUCUGAACAUUCUCGAAAUAAACCUGACAAAAAACAAACUUGCUGCACUGCCAACAAACAUUGGAAUGUUAAAGAAACUUCGUGUAUUGAGACUAGGUCAGAAUGAGUUUGAAUGUUUACCACAUGAAAUUGGACAGCUUGAAAACUUGAGAUAUUUAGACGUUCAAGGAAACACACUCUGGUAUUUGCCUUUUUCAAUUGCAAAGAUGCAUAAGCUGAAGUAUCUGAACUUGUCAAACAACAGAUUUGAGCACCUCCCUUUACCAGUGUGCAAGAUAACAUCUCUUAAGACCUUGACCUUGCGUGGGAACAAUUUAAUGAACCUCUUGCCGGACUUUGAUUGCUUGCAGCAACUACAAGAGUUAAAUUUGGCACAUAACAACUUUGAGAUUAUCCCUCAAUCUAUUUUUAGACUAAAACAUCUCCAGUACUUAAAUCUCAAUGGAAAUAUGCUGGAAACUAUACCAAAUGCGUUAACGACAUUGAAAUCAUUGAAAGUACUACAUCUCCAUGACAACAGAAUAAAAUUCAUUCCUGAUGAUUUUCAAAACUUGCAAUAUCUAAAUGUAGCCAACAAUCAGCUUUACAAUUUCUCUGUGGUCAACAUAAAGAAUUUGAAACUUUUAAAUGCCAACAGUAACUAUCUUGAGAAUAUUCCCAUGGGCCUGUAUUCCCUCUCCAAAAUUCAAAGUGUGCGCCUCAACACCAAUCAGAUUAGGUACAUAUCAACAGACAUCGCAAACCUAAAAAAGUUACGCACCUUGGACAUUGGCAACAACAUGCUUGUGAAUAUUCCUCAGGUUCUGCAACAGCUUACAAGACUCGACUAUUUUAAUGUCAAGGGAAACAAGAUACAAGAAAGAAUUGCCCUUCACAAUGGUGAAAUCACUGCACCAAUAGACUUCUACAAAAAACGGCGAAUGUUUGAAGCCAAAAGGCAUACAAUGGAUUCAGGAAGGAGGUACAAGUCCAUUAAAAGCCAAAGGUCAAGAUCAAGGUCAAGGUCAGGUAACUUUGAGCAAACCACAAUGUCCAAGUCAUCUACAAUACCAACAACCCAGAACAACUCUCACAAAAUGUGGGAUUCAGCUGAUCUUUUAGAAAAUGGUUUCACAGAGCGCCACCUUGAGACAAACGCUAGCUCUGCCUACUUAAACCAUAAACCUCCCACAUAUAGCGAACACAGUCAUGGUUACCAUGAUGCCAGCGUUACGGAAUACAGUUACAGGUCAUCUGGACAUGUUACAGCACAUGAGGCCGCCCUACUGACAGAUAGUGAUGAUGUAUCAGCAAUUACAAGAGCAGACUACAAGUUGCUAGGGAUAUGUAACCAAGUAGAAAUGCUUCUAAAUAAACAGUUACUACAUCCUGUCCUGUCCUUGAAAGGUCAUGAUAUGGGCAAAAGUUUCUCUGAGAAAUCUAUAGUUAAGACAGCCAGUGGUUUAUGGAGGAUGAGUGAGGAGAGAGACGAGAAUGUAUCACCGGGUCUCGUUGUCAUGACAACAGAAACAUUUACUGUUACACCGCAAGGUGGUUGGUUAACUUCGUCACAUGACAACAACAUCAGCAUCUUUCUCCCGCCAAAAGCCGUGUCCACUCUCAUCCAGACACAAAUGAAAAUACUGAAAAUACAACCUGAGAGGCUUUUGAAACUGAGACAAAGCAGUAGAAUGGUGAGCAACAUCAUAGCCCUUGGUCCCAUUGUAUACCUGAAAAACCUUGACAGUGGAGACUUCAACCAUCAGGUCACCAUUACAAUACCUUCCCCAAAGAGUGAGACACGUGGCCAUCUACAUCUCCUUACCAUCAAGGAAGACAACUCUUGCACACCUUGUACUAGUGGAUUCCAACACAAAAAUGGUUAUGUUGUUCUAAGAGCAUGGAACCUAGCUGGAAAAGCUGCAAUAAUCACAAGGGCAAAGUGUAAAUAUAAAGCCUGCAAGUCCAUGGAGAGCCUGCUUAAUCAAUUAACAGGUCAAAGUUCACUGCAUUGAUUGAACAGUGCAUUGAGAAGAUUUAAUAUCUUGUGGGAAAAUCAGGACAUACAUGUUUAUUUGUAAAUAUAAUUUGUGUGUAAAACAGCACUAACUUGCCAAUGAUAUUUUAUAAUUUAUUAAAAUUCAUAAGCAUAGUUAAUGAUUUGAUGAUUUUGCUGAGUAUGGGUGAAAAAUUAAUACAUGUUUUCUUUUAAAUAUUUGUUUUUAUUUUCUUUCUUUUUUAUAUUUACUAAGUAAACAAGGAAAGGAUGCAGAACAACUAUAGUUAAUUUAAGCAUGUAUAUUUAAAGGGUAUAAAGCUAUAUAUUAUGAAAUACUUUUUAAAGACUAACUGACAAUAAAAUUAUAUUGUUUUCAUAAUCUUAUGGUCAAUUCAUGCAAGAGUUGUAUCAUAGAAUGUCUCUAUUAUUUAACAUUCAUGAAUAUUGUACACAAACAGAAUCAAAUGUUCCAGAAAAAAAUAUUAUUUUGCUAUUUUAAGGAAGGUUUUAUUGACUUAACAAUGACUUCAUGUAUGCAUAUUCAGGAUACAUAUGAAUAUUGGUAUGUACUUGGAUUACACCCCAGACUCUCCAAGCAUGUGUAUUGUGUUCUUCUAUGUUUUUGAAGUUUAGAAGUUAGUCUGUUGGUUUUUUCUGGAUAUUAUGCCAAUUUUAACACAUUAUUUUUUUGUCACAUCAUGGCAGUCCAUUCAUCUACAGGUUUCCUCAGAUAACUAACAAGUUACUACUUAUUUCUCCGCAAGUGACAGACAAAUAUUCCCAUAUGAUUUCAGAAAUCAGGUGUGACUGACAAAUGACCAAUAAACUUGAUUUCAGAGAUCAAUUGUCGCCCAAAGAUUAAUCCCACCACUUCUGGAU